CCCACCAUGAUCAACACCUACAUGACCACCAUGGCUCCGCCGCCGGUGCCUCCACGCCUCGCCGGGUGCCACCCAGUCCUCAUCCCGGCUCCACUUCCAUCACGAGGCCGCAGCAAACCCCUCAUCUGGUUUCUGGUUGGUGUCGUGAUGCUGCAUGUAUUCCUGUCCCUCGGAGGAUUCAUCUAUCUGUACCACUAUGACAGAAAGUUUUUAAUCCAGCUUCCCUCAGAAAAGCAGGGCGAAGGAAAAACGGCUUAUCUCUCAUCUGAGAAGCAGGAAACCUCCUACCGAGCCUUGGCACGCAUGGUAGUCGAUCAGCGAUCACACACAUCAGAUCAGACACCUGCAUCGGGUUUUCUCCAGUGGGACAUCAACCACUCGGUUCUUAGGAACAUCAGCUACUACCACAAGAGUUGGCUGACGAUCCAGCAGCCUGGUGAUUACUACGUCUACUCCAGGGUGACCUUCUCCAAGGGCGACUCUAAGUCCCCCCUGGUCAGCAAGGGGAAGCUGAGGAAGGAUGACAAAGGAGAGGCGACGGAUGUGAUGCAGGCCUACUGCAACCUGGACAGCGGGCCUGCGUUGAUCCCCCGCCUGUGCACGGCCUCGCAGGGCGAGGCGAUCACCCUGGAGAAGGGAAACCAGCUCAGUGUCUGGGUGCAAGACCUUUCACUGGUGAACUACGAGGACGGAGCCACAACCUUUGGGAUGUACAAGCUGUAGGACAUCUAUGUGAGCACAUGCAUGGAUAUCAUCUGAACAGUGGGAACUCAUUAAGUGGAUGUACUUGGAUUUAAAUCUGCUGACAAUGCUGUUUAAUAGACUGGAUCAACAAUCAACUCUUGGAUUCUGAUCCUUUUUUUCCGUGGAGACAAAGACCACAUUCCUAAAACAUAAUUUAUUAAAUCAGAUAUUGUUGUGUGAUUUUGUUAUUUUUGUGGCAGCUGUGAAUGGUUGUUCUGUAUUUAUUAAUGUAAAUGGGCUUGUAUGGCUG